UUCCUCUACACUUCCGGGCCUCUCGGUCCGGCCAAUCUUUCCGGGAUCUGUUGUCUACAACCACAAGGCAAGUCCGCACAGUUAACACACUCAGCGGUGCCGUACCAGGUACUUCUGGAUGAGUUGUCGGUGAAACGCUCCCCACCGGAGAACCCUCUGUUUCCGAUCUUGCUGAAUUACAAGAUGGGGUCAACCGACUCCGCGACGUUAGCAGAUUGCAAAGCACAGAGUCUGCAGAUGAAUGACGUACUUAGGGAAGGGGAGGAAACAAUAUCGCCAUUGUGUUUCCCGACGUAGAUAUCAAUGCCACAGCCGCCCAGAUCACCGACGGACUCUGGUUCAAUGCAGGACAAAUCUGCUUCAACGCGCGACGGCUGCACAAAUAUCAUUUGGACACUGCUGCUUGUCGGCUAUGUCAUUCCCAAGAUUUUUCUGUACAUUCAGCGCCUGUUCUCUCCGAUUUUGCGCAUACCAGGACCAUGGGUGCACAAGCUCACUUUUUUACCAUUGAAGGUGGCGAUUGCCAAAGGUGAAAGUCACUACUUCACCGUCAACCUCCACAAGCAGUAUGGCCCCAUCGUCGCUCUAUCUCCAACCAUGAUCUCGGUCGCAGACGCUGGCGAGAUCAAGCGCAUCAAUCAAAUUGAGGACUGGCCCAGAUCUGAGGCUGUGUACGGCAACUUUCGACAGGAUCCCCAGCGACCAACUCUCCUCGCCUUCACGGACAAGAAAGCCUAUAGCCAGCGCCAGCGUCUCGUCUCGUCCAUGUUCGGCUUACGUUAUGUUCGCAGCAUGCAGCCUCUCAUGCUGAACUGCAUUUCGGUACUGAUGGAGGAGCUCGAGACACGGCGUCGCAGCGGCACCGCGACGGUCGACAUGCAGCAUAUGAUUCAGUCCCUGGCAGCAGACAUCAUCGGCGUAACCACGUUCGGCCAGACAUUUGACCUGACUGUGACGAAGCGACGGGCGUUGAUCGCCAACUGCAAGGAACCUCCGCGCGAGGAUCUUUUGCAGAAGAUGGUCGAGGCAGCCGACCAGGACAAUCACCCCGGGUCGACUUUCCGAUCUUCAGAUGUGCAGGACGAAGUCGUGGUGCUCUUAAUUGCGGGCAGCGAGGCGACGGCGAACGCGGAGCUCUUCACUCUGAUCAAUUUGCUCCGCAAUAUGCAAAAGCUUGCCACUCUUUACGAGGAAAUAGACCGGCGGUACCCAAAGGGCGACGACCGGCAGACGGACUGCGACUACAGUAUGCCUGGCAUGACCUACUUGCAGGCUUGUAUCGACGAGACCAUGCGUCUGGUGCCUGGCCAAGCGACUGGCAGCCCGCGCGAGUCCCUCAAGGACGAGACGCUUCUCGGAUACAGUGUUCCUAAAGGCACUACGGUGUUUCCCACCACUCGUGUCUGCAUUGGGAAGCACUUCGCCGCGCAAGAGAUGCAUCUGUCGCUGAUGUCGCUGCUGCGUAAGUUCCGAUUCAAGUAUAUCCCAGGGCAGGAUGAGUCGACGGUAUUUCGCAUUGCGCAGCAAAUGAGAGGGUCACGGUACAUGAUGAAGGUUAGUCUGAGGUGA